AUGGCAAUGGAGCAGUCCAGCGCAGCUUGGGACACGUUCCUCGCUCAGAAUGAUCGGGUCGAGUUUGUCUGGCUGCAGUUCAUUACCUUGACGUCGAAUCCCCUCAUCCGCAUGAUUCCAAAAAAGAAAUUCUCCGACAUGCUCAAGAACGGUCAACUCCUCUCGAUGACCAGUGCUGUUCUCCAUCUCCUUCCGGGCGACCGGCUCGCCGAGGGUGCCAGCCCCACGGGGAAGCUGCACCUCCGGCCAGAUCUUAGCACCGCAUACUGUCAGUUCGGCUCAAAUGGGACUCGUGCCGUGGUUAAUGUGGACUGUGUUGAUGAGCAUGGCGUCCCCAUCGCGGAAUGUGCGCGGUCUAGACUUCGCGCAUUGCACGAUCUGCUGGAGCGUGACACUGGAACCGCUCUCCUGGUAGGGUUCGAGGUGGAAGUCAUGUUCCUGCGACCAAGAGAAGAGGGGGACAAGGUUGUGGGCUUCGACGCAAUCAAUUGCGAGCAUUCGUUCAGCAGCAUGACUCCGCAAGACCGGACAUACUUGGAUCUGAUCGAGGCUGUGGCCCGUGCAUUGGCGACCGUAGGGAUCGAGUUGGAACAGUUCCACGCCGAGGCAGCUCCUGGUCAGUGGGAGUUUGUGCUUCCGCCGGCACGCCCUCUCCAGGCGAUCGAUCUGCUCCUGCGGGCUCGCGAAACCAUCAUGAUCGUGGCCCGAAGCUUUGGUCUACGGGCGACCGUCUCGACGCAGCCCAUCCCCGACAAGCCAUGUAAUGGUGCCCAUGUGCACCUGUCUGUCAACCCUUUGGAAGGCCAGGAAGAAGCCCAGAUUCUGCCAAGCGUAGAGUCCUUUUUCGCCGGAAUCAUGACGCAUCUUCCUGCAGUCCUGGCGUUUUCGCUUCCCCAUGACAUCAGCUACACUCGGGUUGCUACGGGGAUCUGGAGUGGAGGUGAGUAUGCGGCGUGGGGAUGGGAAAAUAAAGAGGUCGCACUACGCCGAAUUAAACACAAUCGGUUUGAACUGAAGUUAGUGGACGGCUUAUCGAAUCCGUACUUGGUUCUGUCGGCAAUUCUCAGCGCUGGGAUGGACGGGAUGGCAACCCACUUGCCCCUGACUGGGGGCCACUGUCAUACAGCUGCUGCUCGACUAUCUUCGCAGGAACGUGAGAGCCUGGGUGUCAAGGUCAUGUUGCCCACAACGCUAGAUGAGGCUUUAGUGGCAUUAGAAGCCGACCGUUGCAUCCAAACUAGGAUGGGAGACUUGGUGUCGGCCUAUACCUGCCUCAAAAGAGGAGAGGCAGCAUUUCUUCGUACGAUGGACGACGAUGAGCGGAGGCGCUGGCUCAUUGCCCGGUACUAG